ACCUGGAGAUCUUCACCUUUCUCUGAGUUCUUCUACUUAGAUUCUGAAGCCUAGACUUUUCCUACCAUCUAGCUAUUUGGUUUUUGUUUUUCCCCUCUCCUUCAACAACAUGAGUGUGGACCCAGCUUGUCCCCAAAGCCUGCUUGGCCACGAAGCAUCUGAUUCUAGCAAAUCUUCACCAAUGCCUGAGAUUUAUGGACCUGAAGAAAAUUAUGCAUCUUUGCAAAUGUCACCUGCUGAGGCCCUCGACACGGAGACGGUCUCUCCUCUUCCUUCCUCCAUGGAUGUGCUUAUUCAGGACAGUCCUGAUUCUUCCACAAGCCCCAGAGGAAAACUACAGCCCACGUCUGCCGAGAAGAGCACAGAGAAGGAAGAGAAGGUCCCGGUCAAGAAACAGAAGAUCAGAACCGUGUUCUCUCAGACCCAGCUGUGUGUGCUCAAUGACAGAUUUCAGAGGCAGAAAUACCUCAGCCUCCAGCAGAUGCAAGAACUUUCCAACAUCCUCAACCUUAGCUACAAACAGGUUAAGACCUGGUUCCAGAACCAGAGAAUGAAAUGUAAGAGGUGGCAGAAAAACAACUGGCCAAGGAAUAACAACAGUGUGACUCAGGGCCCAGCAACUACAGAAUACCCAGGCUUCUAUUCCUACCACCAGGGAUGCCUGGUGAACUCUUCCACAAACCUGCCCAUGUGGGGUAACCAGACCUGGAAUAACCCAAAUUGGAGCAACCAGAGCUGGAACAGUCAGCCUUGGAGCAACCACCCCUGGAACAGUCAGACCUUGUGCCCUCAAGCCUGGAAUAACCAGACUUGGAACAAUCAGUUCAACAACUAUGUUGAGGAAUUCCUGCAGCCCCAGAUCCAGUUUCAGCAAAAUUCUCCGAUCAGUGAUUUGGAGGCUACCUUGGAAAAUGCUGGGGAAAGCUAUACCCUAAUACAGCAAACAGCUAAGUAUUUCAGUUCCCAGCAGCAAAUCAUGGAUUUAUUCCCAAAUUAUUCUAUGAACAUACAGCCUGAAGAUUUGUAACGAU